AUCUUGUGAAGAGCAUGCCACUGCAGAAAGCAGGCCUAACACUGUUGCUCUGAAGGCUAUCCUAUGUCCAUUCAGCGGGAGUUCCUCAAAUUUGGUUGAUUUAGGCUCAUGCACUAUCCAUCAUCAACAAUGGCCAGCUCUCCUACCAAUGACAUGAUAGUGCUCAGCCAUCUGUACCCACAACAAGGUAUUCAAAGUGACAUUUCACACCAGACUGGAGUUGUUCAACCAGCUUCCUCUCCACUCAGAGGAUUCCUAAAGAGAGAGCCAGCUGUCCUGGGUACAGUUCAAAUAAUGACAGGCAUGGUCAUAUUCAUGCUCGGCAUUGUAUCGGCAUUCGUUGGGAUGGUGUCCUCAUACUUUGGUAUCAUGAUCUGGGGAGCCAUUAUUUACAUCACAGCUGGUUCACUCACUGUGAAAGCUUCUAAGCAGCUUAAUCGGUGUUUGGUCAACGCAUCACUGGGGAUGAAUAUUGUCAGCACAACAACUGCAGGACUGGCCAUAAUUCUACACACCUUUGAUUUCAUUGUCCCAAUGUACCCACAUUUCAGCUGCCGUGAUCAUGAUCAUUAUACUUGCCAAGCAAACAAAAAAAUGUGUUUGGUCAGUAUACAAAAUAGCAGCGUAUGGGGCAUGACUGGUGUGCUGCUAGUGUUGUCUGUUCUGCAGUUCAGUGUCUCCUUAUCUGUAUCAGCAUUUGCCUGUGAAGCUACCUGUUCUAACACUGAGCAGGUGAUAUAUAUUUCAAGCCAAGUGCCACCCUCUAUUCCCUCUUCCCACCGGCCAACACUGCCAGUAAACACCUCUGAGACACCUUUCUACCCAACCAGUGUGGGGCCUCCAGCUCACCUCAGCCGUGCUGAUGACUGGAGGAAUGGCAAACCUGAAGAUCCACCCCCAGAAUACACAGCUACUCGAAACUAGAGUCAGACAGCAUGUAACGUGUCUCGUGCAAAUGUUAACCUUUCAACUAAAUCUAUCGACUAUUUUGUCGCAUGAUUCAGCAGCCAUCUCCUCAGAGUGGAGUUUAUCUGGGAACAGUGAAGGGAUGGGUGAGCGACUUCUCUGUAUGUUUCAUUUUGGUCUUUAUUUACUGUAACAUAAUGUGCCUUAUUUCAGACAAAAGCAUCUGCUACGAGAUUCAAUUACAAACAUAAACAAACUCAACAUAUGCAAUUGCUGACUGCUUAAAGUGUAAACUGAAGCUGUAGCUAACUAUGCUAACUAGCAUGCGCCCUGAGAUUAAUGCAAGUAGAUAGCACUGAAGAAAGCAUAAAAAUACAACUUAGAAAUGUAUUAGCAAUUGGCAUCAAUACAAAUAAGACAGCACAACACAACACUUUCCUUCUUUUUAAAGGCUUAAAAACUCAUUUGAUAUCUUCUAGAAUCUACCGCCUCAUUUUGGAGUUGCCGAUUCUUGUUAUUAGCUUCAAAUUCAAUUGCAUUUACAUUCGUUCAUAUAGCAGACUCUUGUAUUCAAAGCAAUCUAGAGCAUAUAUUAUAUGCAUUUUCAUCUGUAGUCUGUUUGCACUUCUAUUCAACUGUCUUAGGGUGACCAGACGUCCACGUUUUCAGGGGACAGUCCCCAAUUUUGGUUGUCUGUCCCUGUUGAAAAUACAGAAAAACUACAUAUGUUUUUUGAAGAUGAAACUUGUAUGUAUUUCGAUCAGAUUGAUAGUCAAACUGAAAAUGUCCCUGUUUUUUCUGCAUUUUUGGGAUUAUGUCCCCGGUUUUGGUCUCAGACAUCUGGUCACUUUAAACAAUCUUGCUCCUGUUGUUAGCACCCUCACCUUCACCAGUCCUAGGCAAGUGGAUGUAGGUAAUAUUGGUUUAUUUGUUGUCCUUUUUUUUUUAAACAAAACUUUCUAUCGAUUACUUGUUUUAGUACAAAUAGUGAUCCAGUAUAACACCUGUUGCGUGAUCAUUACAUGUAGGCCUAACACAAAUAGUAAUUCCCAUGUAGAGUAUCUCCUCAGGAUAAUAUUAUGGAUGAUAUAUAUUUUAUUUCUAAGGCUGAUGUCACAGAAUGUGUCUGUAGGUGUAUGUUUCAAUAGUGUAGUGUUUACCUGAAAACAUCUGAAUUACAUGACUUGAAACUGUUAAAGUCAGCAUUAGGAAUGAUGUUUAUUUAUUUUGCAUUUUGCAUUUUGCAAGUUGAGAGACUUUGAAAGAAAUAUGCCGUUAUCUAAUGUAUAAAGAAGGUUGGGAUACAAAUUGA